UCGCCUUCCUCGCUACAUCUGCCCAUCUAUAAGAAAGUCAACUACUCUCUAUUCUCCACAAAUUUCUCACCCUUUAGAAUCUUAAACUGUAUAUCAUCAGGACAGCUUCUACUCUUUAUACACUCACUGAUUCUCAACAUAGUAUAGUAGUUCAUAUAUAUAUAUAUAUACAGCUUCCCACAAUAUAUUCUACUAACAUCCAAUUUCAGUUUGAUCAGUUAUUGUAUAUAAUGGCUGCUUCACCACCAAACCCUGUUCCGGUGGCAUACCAAGGCGGCGCUGGGGCAGUGCCGGUCUGGCUGAACAAAGGAGACAACGCAUGGCAAAUGAUAUCGGCGACACUGGUGGGCCUACAAAGCGUACCGGGGCUGGUGAUACUGUAUGGCAGCAUAGUGAAGAAGAAAUGGGCGGUGAACUCGGCUUUCAUGGCGCUGUACGCCUUCGCGGCGGUGGUGAUAUGCUGGGUGACAUGGGCUUACAGGAUGUCAUUCGGGGAGGAGCUGCUGCCGUUCUGGGGGAGAGCGGGGCCGGCACUGGGGCAGAAAUUUCUCAUCAAACAGGCGGCGCUGCCGAAAACAGCUCAUUAUUACAGCAACGGAGAGCUGGAGACGGCGGAGGCGACGCCGUGGUACCCGAUGGCGACGAUGGUGUGGUUCCAGUGCGUGUUCGCGGGAAUCACGGUUAUACUUUUAGGGGGUUCGGUGCUGGGGAGGAUGAACUUCAAGGCAUGGAUGAUGUUUGUGCCACUUUGGUUGACUUUCUCUUACACUGUUGGAGCAUUCAGUUUGUGGGGAGGAGGGUUUUUGUUCCACUGGGGAGUUAUGGACUAUUCCGGUGGUUAUGUUAUUCAUCUUUCUUCUGGGAUUGCCGGCUUCACUACUGCUUUCUGGGUGGGACCAAGAUUGAAGAGAGAUAGAGAAAGAUUUCCUCCAAACAACGUGCUGCUGAUGCUAGCGGGGGCAGGACUACUGUGGAUGGGAUGGGCAGGAUUCAACGGUGGAGAUCCAUACGCUGCCAACAUUGACUCAUCCAUGGCCGUCCUCAAUACCAACAUCUGCGCCGCUACUAGCCUCCUUGUAUGGACGUGGUUGGAUGUGAUCUUCUUCAACAAGCCCUCUGUCAUCGGAGCCGUCCAAGGAAUGAUCACUGGCCUUGUUUGCAUCACUCCUGGUGCAGGACUAGUCCAAGGGUGGGCAGCCAUAGCGAUGGGAGUAAUGUCAGGCAGUGUGCCAUGGUUCAGCAUGAUGAUUCUAGACAAGAGAUGGAAACUCUUCUCCAGCAUCGACGACACGCUCGGCGUGUUUCACACUCACGCCGUGGCUGGUCUUCUCGGCGGCAUGCUCACCGGCCUUUUCGCAGAACCUGAAUUAUGUGCACUCUUUUUGCCGGUUACAAACUCAAGAGGAGGCGUGUAUGGAGGCUCAGGCGGCGUUCAACUUGGCAAACAGUUGGUAGGCGGAUUGUUUAUCAUCGGAUGGAACUUGGUUGUCACCUCAAUUAUUUGCAUAGCGAUCGGGCUGUUGAUCCCGCUGCGAAUGCCGGAGAAGGAGCUGCUGAUCGGAGACGAUGCGGUGCAUGGUGAAGAAGCAUAUGCAUUAUGGGGUGAUGGGGAGAAAUAUGAUUUUACAAAGCAUGAGGGUUAUUCCGAGGAUACAUCAAACCUGCAUCCUAAUCCGUCCAUCGGUGCUACUCAAGUUGUAUGAGUAAAAUUAUAUUAAAAAAAUAUUAUUUGGCAUCGACGAUGACAAAAGAUAUAUAAUAUCAAUA